AUGCUGAUACACCUGAUGUGCUUCCUCCUCCUCUCGUUGCUCUCAUUCACCGCGUGCUCCAAUUCGUCGCAGCGUUCCGUCUACGACGUGCUGCGGGCCCACGGACUUCCGAUGGGCCUGCUGCCCAAGGGCGUAGUCGACUUCGAAGUCGACGACGAGGGCCGGUUCCAGGUGCACCUGGAACAGGCCUGCAAUGCCAAAUUCGAGAACCAGUUGCAUUACGAUAGGAACGUCUCGGGGACGCUGAGUUUCGGGCAGAUCGGAUCCUUGUCGGGUAUUUCGGCCCAGGAGCUGUUCCUCUGGUUCCCGGUUAAAGGAAUACGGGUAGACGUGCCCAGCUCCGGCAUCAUUUACUUCGAUGUCGGCGUCGUUUAUAAGCAAUUCUCCUUGUCUCUUUUCGAAACUCCACCGGAUUGCACCGCUGCCUCCACCUCCGUUGAAGCCAUUGGAACCGUGUUCGAGGGCGAAUCGGGGAAAUUGCGGUACAAGCUUGAUCAUGAACUUGUUGGGAGAGAUUUUGUGUAG